AUGAUGCGUGCAAGCGUUGUAUUUGCGGGAGCAUCGCUCUUGAUUUCAGCUUCAGCUUGGAAUACAGAUGUUCAUAAUCAAAUCGGCUUUAUGGCAGAGACGUUUUUCACACCAGAAACCACCUCGGUCCUUUCUAAGAUCCUCGAACCACAGUAUAACGGCUCCGUUGGGCGCUCGGCAGCAUGGGCAGACGCCUAUGCACACACCCAAGAAGGUCGCUUCUCUUACCAAUGGCACUGGAUUGACACACAUGACAGCCCGCCAGAGAAGUGUCAUUUGGAAUACUCUCACGACUGUGCCAUUGGUGGAUGCGUGGUGAGCGCCAUCGCAAAUCAGACGAGCAUUCUGCGCGGAUGCAUAGACCAGGUUCAAAGUGGUCAUUUAACAGGAGGGACGAAUUUGACCUGCUCUUAUGCUUUGAAAUGGGUGGCACAUUUCUUUGGAGAUAUACACCAGCCUCUACAUGCGAGCGGGCGCGCAGUAGGCGGUAACACUUUCAAAGUCGUGUUUGGAAACGUCUCUACCCAACUACACGCUGUCUGGGAUGGCUAUAUACCAUACUAUGCUGCGAAUGUCAGCCACCCAUUCUCCAACCAAUCUAUCGAUGCAUUCUUUACCGGCCUUGUUUCGCGCAUUCGGAAAGAUGAAUUCUACUCUGCACCAUACAUGUGGCUGUCAUGUGUGGAUCCUUCGACGCCAGAGAAGUGCGCAGCAACCUGGGCAAGAGAAAGUAAUCGAUGGGACUGUGAUUACGUGUACCAGCGUGUACGAAAUGAUACCGAUCUCGGAACAGAUGGAUAUGCGACGGGCGCUGUUCCUAUUGUUGAAUUGCAGAUUAGUAAAGCUGCACUCAGGCUGGGCACGUGGCUGAACAAACUUGUGGAAGAAAGCAAACAUGUCUCUACAGAGUCAGAGAUAAUCGAGCUUUGA